AUGCAGUCGCCUUUACAUGUAAUAGUAACCGGCGCAGGCCUCUCCGGCCUCGCAACAGCCAUCUCCCUCGCCCAGUCCGGCCACACAGUCACAAUCCUCGAACAAGCGCAGGAACUCGCAGAAGUUGGCGCGGGACUGCAAGUCACCCCGAACGCCUCGCGGCUCUUCAAACACUGGAAUCUACCCGAGAGCAUAUGGACUUCCGCCGUCGAGCCCAAGACGCUCACCGUGCAUCGGUACACGGGCGGCGUCCUCGCGCACGACGGAGCCUUUGACGCGCGGAUUCGAAAGCGGUAUGGCUCGCCGUUUGUCGAUGUUCAUCGGGUCGACUUGCAGCAGGCGCUUUUUAACCGGGCCAAGGAGUUGGGGGUGCGCGUUCAUCUCGCGGAGAGGGUGAAGAGCGUACAGGAAGAUUCCUCGGAUGGAAGCGCAACAGCAACAGCAACCGUCCACACCGAAUCCGGCAAAAGCUACACAGGCGACCUCGUCGUCGCCGCCGACGGGCUGUGGUCGCGCUGCCGCGAGUGCCUGCUCGGCCGCAAGGACGAUCCUCUACCAACAGGCGAUCUCGCGUACAGAAUCGUGCUGAACGUCGAGCAAAUUGCGGACCCAAAACUCCGCGAGUGGGUGCGUAACCCGCAGGUGCAUUUCUGGAUUGGGCCGGGCGCGCACGUUGUUGCGUAUUCGGUGCGGGGAGGCGAUAUGAUUAAUAUUGUGCUUCUUGUGCCGGAUACACUGCCGCCUGGGGUGUCGAAGCAGGAGGGGUCUGUAGAGGAGAUGAGGGCUUUGUUUCAGGGGUGGGAUCCUGUUCUAACCCAGUUCCUCUCCUACGUCGACAAAGUCGACAAGUGGAAGCUCAUGCACCGUACGACCUUUCACCUAGUACCCAUCUACCCUCUGUCACACGAGCUAACAAUAUCUGCAGACGCCGAGAUGACAACCUGGAUAAACCCCUCUUCAACUCUCGUCUUCGUCGGUGACGCCUGCCACCCGAUGCUCCCCUACCUAGCGCAGGGUGCAAACUCCUCGCUAGAAGACGGCGCCGUCCUCGGCGGGCUGCUUGGGCACAUGAAGAGCAAGUCACAGCUGCCCGCGAUCCUGCGGCUGUAUGAGACGCUGAGGAAAGAGCGCGGGGAGGCGAUUGUGAGGGAGACGUUUAAGCAGCGCCACGACUUCCACAUGCCCGACGGUCCCGAGCAGGAGAAGCGCGAUGAGAUCUUCCGUGCGCAGCUAGAUAAGAAUGGGGAGAUUGAAGGCGCGUUUCCGAGUCGGUGGACAUGUCCCGAGGUCCAACCGUGGCUAUACGGGUACGACGCCGUGAAGGAGGUUGAGGAGGCCGUUGCGACGAACCCGGGGUUGUUCGUUACCUCGAAUUUAUAG